AUGUCCAAUUCAACUUCUUUGUCCGAAGAAGCUAGUGUGUCUUCUGGCACAAGAGUUCAAGAUUUUGGUAGCUUAAAUCCACUGGCUUCAACCAUCUCUCCUCUACAGCAGCAGCAACAAAAGAUCAUCAAGAAGAAGAGAAACUUACCAGGAAACCCAGACCCAGAUGCCGAAGUGAUAGCAUUAUCUCCAAAGACCUUAUUGGCUACCAAUAGAUUCGUGUGUGAGAUCUGCAACAAAGGGUUUCAGAGAGAUCAGAAUCUUCAGCUUCAUAGGAGGGGUCAUAACCUUCCUUGGAAGCUGAAGCAAAGAAGCAGCAAAGAAAUUAAAAAGAAAGCUUAUGUUUGCCCUGAGCCUACGUGUGUUCACCACCAUCCCUCAAGGGCUCUGGGUGACCUUACAGGUAUCAAGAAACACUUUUGCAGGAAACAUGGAGAGAAGAAAUGGAAGUGCGAAAAAUGCUCAAAGAUCUAUGCUGUUCAAUCAGAUUGGAAGGCUCACUCUAAAACCUGUGGAACAAGAGAGUAUAGAUGCGAUUGUGGAACCCUUUUCUCCAGGAAGGAUAGCUUCAUAACCCACAGGGCUUUCUGUGAUGCAUUAGCCGAAGAAAGUGCAAGAAUCUCAGCUCAUCACCAGCUAAUCUCCGCAAAUCCAAAUGCCCAAGCUCUCCUCCUUCAAACCCACCCUAGCUCUCUCUUUUCUACCCCUACCCCUACUCAUCACCACCAAAUCUCCCUCGCUUCUCCUUGGGACCCACCUCACCGUCAGAACCCUAAUAGUAAUAACCACCAAAACCCAGUUCACAUCAAGCCUGAAACUCACAGCCAUUUCCAAAUCCCGACUUCACUUCUCCAAGAACCACCACAGGCAUUGCCUAGCCACAAGGAUUUGUUCGCCUCGACCUUCCAUAGCCUAUCAAAUGCUGCCACGUCAUCAUCAGCGUCGCACCACUUGUCAGCCACUGCACUCCUCCAAAAGGCUGCCAGUGUGGGUGCCACUCAGACAUCAGUGGGUCAGAGCCACAUGACCCAGCUGGACAUGGGCGAGUUGGGAUCAGCGGGUCAGGUUCGUGUUGACUCAGUGAGUCACGUCCCCCAGGGUCCUCAUUACAACCUCAACAGCCUUGCCACGUGGCAGAAGAGCGACCGCCUGACAAGAGACUUUCUGGGUCUGACUGGUGAAUGCGGGGAUCAUCAUGCCCAUGCUGCGAGUAAUGCAAAUGGGAGUAGCGGUGGUGUUAACGUUAGCAUGAAUAUGAGGGAGAUUCUAACGUACACAGGAGGUGUGGGGUUCCACCAGCAGCAAUACAAUGAGAGAGACCACUCACUGCUGAAGCCCCACGGUGGUUUCGGAUUCGCUCAGCCUUCUGCCUCUGAAGCGUGGGGUGAUUGCUAG